UAUCGAGUAGAUACAUACGUGAUAUUAUUAGCGCUUGUAAACAGCCUAUGUUGAGUUAAAGUCUUCCGGGUUCUCUUCCGGGUCUUCAGUGUGGUAUAAGUUUAAUAGAAAAAAACGUAAUAUAGCUAGAGAAACAUGGAUUAUGCUCGUGUAAGAUUGAAAUGUGUCAUAGUUGUGAUAUUAAAGCUCUAUUUCGUUAAUUGUCAAGAAUGCGAGAGACUUGUUUCAUUACCAGCCAAACAACCCGUGAUAAGGUUCGAUUUUGACUUUUCAAUACCUGAUUCAUAUGUUCGACUAGAAAAACCUAAUGGCAGUCCAAUCUUUCAAGCAUUUUGCGGCAGUAAAACAUGCUACAGUGCCGAGUACCUGAACAGCACCCUUGCCUCUACUGGCGACAUCGCCACUGGAAAGUUCCACAUCAAGCUCGACAGUUUUGGGGACGGACAGCAAGGAAACUACACAUUUAGGACUAGCGGUGGAGAAACGGUGUUGAAAUGCAUCAAAUUGUACUUGUUAGGGAAACCUCGCCCGCCAAGCAUACGCGCCAACAGAGAGCCGUACGAAGGCGGAACAGUGAUAUUGACCUGCCAUAGUAUAUCUACAACCGACCCCCCGGGACACGGUCUGGUUAUGAGUUACACUUGGACUAAGGAUGGCACGAAGGUGACAUCAGGAGGGAGGUUCAACCUGCUGCCCAAUACAGCCGCUACGUUGACCCUCACCAAGGUUCAACGAACUGAUGAGCUGUCACAGUUCACGUGCACGGCUACGGAGGAAAAGAGCCUGACAUCUGACAACAGCACGGCCUUUUAUCUCACUGUUUAUUAUGGUCCCGACAAUAUCGCCUUCAACUCGACCGGCAUUUCUCAAACCCUUAACGAAGGGGAUAGGUUUUCCCCGGUAGCGUGUCUGGCACACUGCAAGCCUUCCUGCACCUUCAGAUGGACAAAGGGUCAAACUUCUGUAAGCAACUCGGCUGUCCAAGACCUCGGAAACGUUGGAAGCGAUGACAUGGGAGAAUACAAGUGUACUGCUACACAUUCCGUCUAUACGACAUAUAAUGACACCAAGACCUACUCAGUCACUGUCAUACAUGGUCCAGACUCAAUUUCCAUAUUCCCGCUUACAUCCUCGUAUACAAGGACAGAGGGUGACAUUCAAGAAGAUAUUACCUGCUCCACAGUGUGUCACCCGGAAUGUGCGUACACUUGGUCCAAGGUCGGUACUUCCGGAGUGGUACGGAAUAAUUCAAUCUUAAAUCUUGAUCAGCUAACAAGACAAGAGGCAGGGUCGUAUAUUUGUUCUGCUACAAACCCGAUUUCAUCUGCAACAAGGAAUGGGUCAACUGUGGUUGUUGAGGUCAUAUAUGGUCCUGAUAAAAUGUUAUUAUCUCCUCCUACAACCUUGUAUAUGAAGACAAAGGGUGAAACCCUAGGAGACAUUACCUGUACAGCAAGUUGUCACCCGGAAUGUGCGUACACUUGGUCGAAAGUCGGCACUACAGGAACUGUACGGAACAAUGCAAUCUUAAAUCUUGUCCACCUACGAAGUGAAGAGGCAGGAUCAUACAUAUGUACCGCUACAAACCCAAGCACAUCCGCAACACAGAAUGGGCCGAUGGUGGAGGUGAAGGUCAUAUUCGGCCCGAAUACGGCGUCAAUAAGCCCAUCUGUGGUGAGUUACACAGUAAACGAGAAUCAGCCCAUCAUCACGAUAGUUUGUAGUGCCAGCUGCUAUCCAAGCUGCACAUAUAACUGGAGAAAGACGACACCCACCCCUUCCUCCGCGUCAAACAAUCACAACCUUGCACUUGGUGAGGUGACGAGGAAUGAGGCAGGAACCUACCAGUGUGAGGCAACGAAUCCUACAUCUAAUGAUAGGGCAGUCAGCGUAGUGGUGAACAUAAACGUCAGGUAUGGACCCGACACCGCUAUAUUGAGCGUAUCCUCUAAGUACACAGCUUCGGAAGGCGACACUCUCCUGAACGUAACCUGCUCUUCUGACUGCUGGCCGGGCUGUUCCCACACCUGGAGAAAUGUGACAAACAACGCUUUAAUGUCCUGGAAUGAAAGUCUGAGGUUUGUUUACGUCGAUCGCUUCAUGUCAGGCGAAUACAGAUGUGAUGUUGCCAAUAUAAACACGACCUUAACUAAAACAGCUAGAAGUGGAUUUCAGCUUCUUGUACAAUAUGCGCCUGAAGUGUCGAUCGUUCAAUCGGCGUCAUCUUUAACGGAAGGUUCACCGCUGAUCCUCACUUGCGCAGCCAAUGGUUAUCCACCCUUGUAUACAUUUACUGGCUUUAAACAGACGUUCGGAAAAACAGUGAUUCCAAACAACAACACAGAAAAAUCAGGCGUCCGGGAUAAUACUCUUGUUACGAUCGCUUCUCUGUCAUUGGAAGAUAAGGGUCUCUAUAUAUGCACGGUGCAUAAUAAUGUCAAAGACAUCGAUGGGAUUUUGAUUCAGUCUGCUGCGAAACGGAUAGAUGUCAAAGUUAAACCACAGAUAUUUCUUGCCGAAAAUCGUUUCGCAGGACAGACAAGAGGACAGGUGAACAUCUCAAUACCGAUCUAUAGCAAUCCUGUGGUAAAUGAUUAUGGUUUUCAACGAUAUGAUGGCUUCUAUGUAAAUGAAGAUGACAAAUACGAAUUUACAGACAACUAUGCUUCAAUCCAAACACAGUUUUAUGGCACAUCUGUUACUCUCCACGGACGUGUAUUGCAAAUGACUAUUAAAAACCUUACUAAAGAAGAUUUUGGAUCAUACACGUUUUGGCUAAAAAACGAAAUUGGGAGCACGUCUGUAGCUGUAAACGUGAGUGUAAGAAGCAUACCUUCACUACCAGUACAGUUAUAUAUAACUGUCGUGGACAAUGUGCCAGUCUUUGAAUGGAGGAAAGGAUUUAACGGUGGCUUUGUACAAACAUUUUUGCUGCAAACCUCGCCUACAUGGAAUGAAAAGUUGUGGACUAAUCGCACUUCUAUAAUAGAAACUGAUACCGUCUACUUAAGUGCGACAGGUUUGUAUCGGGUCAAUAUAACAGGAUUAGAAGUUGGACAUUUUGUGGCCAGACUUACGGCAUACAACAAACUCGGUUAUGCGGAUCCUGUAAAGUUUCCACCCUUCGAGAUCAUAAAAAUAUCGGGAAAAGAAGACGUAACUCCAAACAAUGCUCCUGUUAUUGGCGGAUUUGUUGGUGGAAGUCUUGUGGUAGUUGUUGCUGUUAUCGUCCUUGUGUUCGUUCUGAAACGAAAGUACUCAUUGAACUGUUCCUGUAACAUGUCCGUUUCGACGAAAGAAGUUGUUGAUUCAGCUCAAACUGGCCAUGACGCCGACGACCCAGGAAAUGACGCUGCAGUAACGUACGAAGUUAUGUCAACGAAAAACGAGACGCCAGUUUACGUUGCUCUAAGUAGAUGUUGGAAACAAUGUACCCGACAAUUCGCACUUGUACACGUCGUUGGAUGAUUCCAAGCCAAAGUCACAUAUUUACUACGAGAAUACUAAGAGAGAGUAUCCCGUCUACAACAAUUCAGGGACGAAAAACACAGUACAGACAGUGCUUUGAGUUGUCAAAUAACUGGAGCUCAUACGAGAAAUUAUCUGCAUUUUCUUAUACCUAUCUUAACCUGGAAUUUAUAUUCUGAUAAUUAAAUGUAUUUAAUAAGGAAUAUGUACUGAUAUACAUAAUUAACUAUAAGGGAAGUAAGUUAGCUUUAUGACAAACCUUUACGAAAUAUAUCACAAUAAACCGUUUGAUUUGUUAUUUUUAUUGACGUUCAUGUUAAAUAAAACCAAUCAGUUGUGGACGUUAACCUGUCUGGUAAUCCUCAUUCAGAAUAUAACAAUUUUAAUAUUUGCCUUAUAUUUGAUUAAUACAAAUAACAUAACUGUUCAUAUUUGGUGUAUUCGUUGUUUUAUUUUAAUAAUGAAAGGCUUAUUAGAUAAAUGGUGAAAUAAAGACAUUUUUUCAAAAUAUGUAGAGUACGAUGUAUAUCUGCUAUGUUAUACCAAACCAAUAAUAAACAAAAAAACUA